UUGCAGUUGAGGGCACAACAUAUGUAAGUAAUAUGUGAGUCUCACCGACGGGAAGAGCGAUAAACAACAGACCGAUAGGAGCAACUUUAUAAGAGAAAGAUGCUGCAGGGUAUCUAUAUGAGCGCCGGCUAUUGCAGACAAUGUACAGCAUCUGUCCCCGUUUAUCCCAAGGACCGCCAGGGUCCGAAACCACGACAGCUCUUGACAUUCAGGCGUAUCUGGAAGGGGGCAACCCGGUUGUUUCUCUGCAGAGAUCAGCCAUCUUACAGCAAAUGAUGUCCUCGAGGCACAACUGCAACCCUACCACCCUCCGUGCCCCCUCCCUCCAGAGUCAGAGAUCAAAAAAGAUGUGGUGACACACAGGUUGUCGAUCUUGGUCAAUUUGAUGGGCCACUUGGGGAUUCCAUUUUCACCGAAGCCCGGCGAUAGACCACCCUAACCCAUUUCUCUCUAGAAGUCCCGCUCUCAUUGAUCCAGAGGUGGGGCUCCACAUUCUCCCACGAUUAGCGACUGCACAGGGGGUGCUCGAACGGGAAAAAGAAGGGGCACGAGGCACCUGAUGGAUGUAUACUGCCAUUUGUUGAUCUGUCACACUCACUUCACUCCCCUCAGCGCUUUGCAGAGGAAUGCUGCCCCGUUUCACUUUGCCAAAAAAAAAAAACAUUCCUGUCUCCUGGUCAGAACCGCCGGGCGAUUGGAAAUUGGUCCAAUGGGGUCAAACCGAGGGCAUCCUGGUCGACCUGGUGAACCUGGUCAGAGUCGCAGGCUAGCCAUCCCAACCCCUGGGUACCUGCUGGCUGCUGCUGCCCCCCCCCCCUCUCCAGGUUCGCUCACUGAAAAUGCCUCUUGGCACGGUGGGCUCUUUUAUUAAUCUCGCCUCUAGACACUCCUGGUUUGCAUGGUUCGUCCCUUGCUUGACCUCGUCCAACCCUGACCCGACUGGCCUCCUCGGAGGUGAUAUCGUCUCUUUCUGAAGAACAGACAGAAAUCCUUCCUCUUCUUCUCUUGCCCUUCUGCCUUCUGUUCCCCACCGCUUCUCCUUGUCGUUUGCUGUUGGCUACCAGGCUGUUUGUUUGAGGUGGUGUCGGUUGCUGUUCGUUUGGAAUAGACCCCCUUGCAGCGAUCGCUUCCAGGUUCGAGCUUGUACCGGGGAGCCAGAAGACGAAGAAAGCGGAACCGUGGACCGCCAGUUCGCCUUUUUUUCUUUUCACGAUGCGCGCUAUCUUUAAUGCUUAAUACCUUCUCCCGAUUGUCACGAUCGUCUUUGGUUCUGAUACGACAAUCGCACCGUGGCCUUUCUCGACAACUGCGGCAAGAUGGAGGGAUAUUUGAGCGUGCCCCCGGAUAGGGGCACGAUCAUUGGGAGGGCGUUGUGGAAGCCUCGAUAUCUGGUUGUGGGUGGCCCCCAGCGGGACCGGACGGCCGGUAUCAUGCGCGCGCCGUCCAACAGGAGCUCGGCUCCCAGGGAGCUGUUCAGAGUGCCAUCCGAAGGCAUCUAUCUGUCGAUCUACAAGUCCAAAGACGACCAAGAACCUUCACAGCAGUACUCAAUCAACAGCAUCACCGACUGUCAGGUGCAGAUGAUGGCCCAUCGUAAACAAGGACCUGUCCUCCCGACUCUGGUCAUCAACAUUAUUCCAGACCCGAUUGCGGACAAGCUGCGGAAGCGACGCUCAAGUCGUACGGCUGGCUUCACGUCCAACAAGGACACAGGACCGGCACAGCUGUUGUUCCGUAUCCUGGAUGAGCAACAGCAACAGCAGCAGCAGCAGCAGCAGCAGCCCAGACACAAUCUCCAGGACUGGUCUCGCUUCAUCCAGCAGCUCAUUCAGCCCAAUAUGCCGCCAGGCAGAGCGCCCCUGAGCCCGGUCACGCCCGCUUCACCAACAUUUGUCAACCCCUUUACCCGUCCAAGGGAAUUAAGCGACAGCCAGAGGCCAGGCAGCGGGAAUGCUGGACCGCGACCCGGAUUCACCAGGGGCCACACGACGCACUCUGGGCGCGACCGCCCUGUGACUUUCUCGGAUUCACCAAGUCUGCGAUCCAAGCGAAGUGAUCUUUCGUCGGCCACGAGCUCGAUUCAGACGCACCAUAUGGCUUUCCAGAAUUACACCACUAUGCUCCCGGCCGACCUCCCGUCCCCGGCCACCACCGUUGGCGAGUACCAGGGCGAGUUUAUCGAGGGGUGGACUUCGGCACAAGGGCGGUCCUCGGCUCUCAGCUCACCGGUGAGGGAACGGGGGAGUGUCAGUUCGGGCCCAACACCACUUGCGCCUAUUAUGGAUGCCGGUACAUCGCCUCCAGGGCCACGGGAAACCAUUCUGGACCGUGCUUUCCAAAUGCGGCGCAUUCCCGGCUCGGAACGUGAAGUUCCUGGCGAGGAGAAACUGACUUCAUUGGCCCGAUUUGAUGCUCUUAUGCGAGACAUGGAUGACAAAAGGAGGCAGCGAGAAGCUGAGGAUGCCAGGCGGAAGGCAGAGACAGCCGCUGCGGCUUCAGCGUCAGUUUCAGCCCUGGACGAACAAACUGGGCUGAAAAGCGCUUGGGACUUGGAUGAUGAUUCCUCGGAAUAUGACGACGAUGAUGAUGACGAUAGCGAUGGGGCAUUUGAUGAGGCGGAUUUGGACGGUGACCGGUUUUCAUCCCACCACAGUUCGGCUCAGCGGGCCUUGAAUUACAUUUCUGGACGACCAGACCUACGAGACCGACCUCACCCGCCACCAAGAACUCACUCGAUCAAGACCCCGCUUAGCUAUAACCAUGAGGCUCUGAUGGCAUUGUCAUCGAGUAGCGGUGUUCGACCCCAGACAGGCUACUCUGGCAACCGGACGAGGCCAGGCAUGUCUCAAAGAACACACUCCCAACCACAGCUGGCGACCAUCAUUGCCUCUUCUCCUUCAACAGCGCUGGCCGAGGAUUCACUGUCCAACCUCGGCCCCGGCUCGCCCCCUCCUCUGCAACGAAGCCAGACGGAAAAGCGGCAAUCCAACUCGAGCGCCAAACGCCUGAGCUUUAGCGAGUUCACCAAGAGGCUGAGCAGCACGAGCAGCUUGUUGCUGGUCCAGACCAACACAAGCAACACCAGCAGCCGGGGGAGCAACGGCGAAGCGGCCGACCCUCCCAUGCCGCAAUCACCACCUCAGAGUCUUCACCACCUCCAUCCCCGGGCUGCUCCACCAGCACCCCUGCCACCGCAGUCGCCAACUUCGAUGAGCGAGCGUGAUCGCUGCGGAUGGCGCGGCAGCGUCGGUGUCUUCGGUGCUGGCGAGGGGGGGUUUCUCUAACGAGCAACUGCCGCUAACUGCCGACCUAAGGGGCAUUCUGGAAAAUCGAAGGCAAAUCGAACGAUGCGAUGCUGCAAUGCUCGGAUGAGGACCAGCAUCAGACGAUGACACGAUGUUUGAGAGGGGGAACCCGGCAGAGACGUGAUUUUUGUGGGAACGAAAGGAUCCAGAUGCCUGGUUCCCCCGGGUGCCUGCUGUGGUAUCCACUGUUGUACGAACGAGAGGGGCCGUUGCUGGAUACCACCCCAGUUGUGGAUAUGAUUCUCAUGGUUGUUCUCAUUCUGCUGUCGUCGCUUGUAUCAUCUGUGGCUUUUUCAUCCUGGGUUUCUUGGACUCUUUUUCAUGCUUUUUAAUAUCAACGGCGUUUUCUUAAAUUUUUUAUUUUUUUUUUGUAAACUCUACGCAUUACACCACCACCACCACCACCAAACACGCCCCCGGCAUCACCUUCACAUACGACGACGACCUUACGGACGACGAGUCAUGAGGGAAUAACAACCACCACAAACAUUUUGCUGCACUUUUUGGGCGUUUUGAUAGUUUAUUUUUACCACGAUGGCGUCUUUGACAUGGAGAGAGAGACGGGGAUUGAUGAAGAAAAAGAGGAGGAAUGCACAACUUGCAUUAUUACGUUUUUGGGGUUUUGAUUUGACGCCUAUUCUCUGUAUUACAUGAUUCCCGCUUUUUAAACGACUUCCGUUUUUAUUUAUUUUUUGGUUUCUUGGGAGUCCAUUAUAC